AUGCUCUCAGCGGAGGAUCGGGGACAGCUGCGAGAGGCCGUAGAAGUGCUGCAGGGCCGGCUGUACUUCCGGAGUGUUUUUUCCCCUCCCCGAGACACCCCAACAAUUCAUUUCUUUUCUACAGAUAAAUUGUUUGUCUAUGAGCCAUUUUUCCUCGACUUCGGGCCCCUAAACCUCUCCUGCAUCUACAGAUACUGCAUGCUUCUAAAGGCCAAGCUGGCGAGCGAUUUGUUGCAGCGGAAGGUGUUGGUUCAUUACACAACGUAUUCACAGCAGAAGGUGACGAAUGCAGUUUUGCUGUUGGGUAGUUUUUUAGUGGCUGCAAUGGGCAAGACACCGGAGGAGGCAAUGAAGCCCUUUGCUCGCCUUAAUUCUCAUCUAAAACCAUACAGAGAUGCAACAUAUUCUGCUUGUGACUUCCGCCUCCCUGUUCUUGAUUGUCUACGAGGCUUGGCCUAUGCAAUGCAGCUGGGGUGGUUCAGUUUGUCUUCUUUCAACCAGGCGGCCUAUGACCACUACGAGAAACUCGAAAAUGGGGAUAUGAGUUGGGUAAUACCAGGAAAGUUUCUGGCAUUCAGUUGUCCGUCUGUUGGGGCUGCAACAAUGAGCGCAAGACGCAGCGAAAAAGAAGACAGCAACAGGAGCUGUAGCAGCAGCAGUAGCAACAGCAGCAGCAACAGUAGCAGCAGUAGCAGCAGCAGCAGUUGUUGCGAUCCUUCUUACUAUGUACAUGUUUUUAAGGAGCUCAAUAUUAAACUUGUCAUACGACUUAAUAAAAAAAUGUAUGAUGAAAAAAUAUUCAAAGACGCAGGGAUAGACCAUCAAGACCUCUUCUUUCUCGACGGCACAUGCCCCCCCAGAGGUGUAAUGGAGAAGUUUGUACAGCUAUGUGAGGCGUGUGACGGCGCGGUGGCUGUACACUGCAAAGCGGGACUUGGGCGGACAGGCUCUCUCAUCGGCUGCUACGCUAUGAAGAAUCACAAGUUCCCAGCUCUACCUUGGAUAGGAUGGAAUCGAAUUUGCCGCCCCGGAAGCGUGUUGGGCCCUCAACAGUAUUUCUUGUGUGCUAUUCAGGACGAACUGAUGAAGCUGGAUGCUGCGCCGGGCUGUCUACCUGUAGUGCAGCAGCAGCAUUCUUCUUGUACAGCAGCCAGGGACAGUGGAGUUGACAGUCUGACGCUUCUUUUAGAGGAUAUGGGGUUGGAGGACAAACAAAUCGCUGAGCAUGGAGACGAAGGGCAGGGAGACCGACUGAUGCUGGCGAAAAGACGCUCGAAGGCAACAUCUGGCGAAGACCCAUCUGGCCUGUUGAGUUCUUCCUGCAGCUCUCUAUCGAGUAAAAGUAAAAGUAUGAAUUUAGAGGACAGGAGUGCUUCGCUACGUUUUGAAGCAGCUGAGGGGCCGGCGCCUCUCGAUGUGCUGCUGCGGGGCAGCGUAACGCCUAUAAUCCCUUCGCUUGCAGCAGGGGGUGCUGCCGCUGCUGCUGCUGCUUGGAAAGCUUCCAACAACAGCUGUCAUGCGGCUCCUGCUGCUGCUGCUGCUGCUGCAGGCGCUGCAGCAUCGGGGGUCCGCCUUACCUCCCCCAGUAGGCCUUUGGGUAGCAGGUCAAGGAACGACGUUUAG